GAUACUCCUGGUCUUCAGCAUUAUGCUGGCAGCAGCUUGGGGCCAAAUGAAUUUCACAGGAGACCAGGUUCUUCGAGUUCUGGCCAAAGAUGAGGAGCAGCUUUCACUCCUCAGGGAUCUGGAGGGCCUGAAGCCCCAGAAGGUGGACUUCUGGCGUGGCCCAGCCAGACCCAGCCUCCCGGUGGAUAUGAGAAUUCCUUUCUCUGAACUGAAUGACAUCAAAGCUUAUCUGGAGUCUCAUGGCCUUGCCUACAGCGUCAUGAUAAAGGACAUCCAGGUGCUGCUGAACGAGGAGAGAGAAGCCAUGGCGAGAUCGCGCCGGCUGGAGCGCAGCACCAGUAGCUUCAGCUACUCCUCUUAUCACACCCUGGAGGAGAUCUAUAGCUGGAUUGAUAACUUUGUAGCCGAGAAUUCAAAUAUCGUCUCCAAAAUUCACAUUGGCAACAGUUUUGAAAAUCGGUCCAUCCUUGUUCUGAAGUUCAGCACUGGAGGUUCUCGGCGCCCUGCCAUCUGGAUUGACACUGGGAUUCACUCCAGGGAGUGGAUCACCCAUGCCACUGGCAUCUGGACUGCCAAGAAGAUUGUCAUUGAAUUUGGCAAAAAUGGCCUCCUGACGAACAUACUGAAAGCCAUGGACAUCUUCAUAGAGCUUGUCACCAACCCUGAUGGGUUUGCUUUUACUCACAGCAUGAACCGCUUGUGGCGGAAGAACAAGUCCAGCAGACCUGGCAUCUUCUGCAUCGGCGUGGAUCUCAAUAGGAACUGGAAAUCAGGCUUUGGAGGAAAUGGUUCUAACAGCAACCCCUGCUCAGAGACUUAUCAUGGGCCCUCACCACAGUCAGAGCCAGAGGUGGCCGCCAUUGUGAACUUUAUCACAAACCAUGGGAACUUCAAAGUUCUGAUCUCCAUCCACAGUUACUCUCAGAUGCUCAUGUACCCUUAUGGCCACUCUAUGGAGUCUGUUUCAAAUGAGAAGGAGCUGCACAGUCUUGCACAGGAUGCAGUGAAGGCCCUGUACCAGGUGCACGGGAUCCAGUACAUUUUUGGCAGCAUCAGCGCCACCCUCUACGUGGCCAGUGGGAUCACUGUGGACUGGGCCUACGACAAUGGCAUUAAGUAUGCCUUCAGUUUCGAGCUCCGGGACACAGGGCGCUAUGGUUUUCUGCUGCCAGCCACACAGAUCGUCCCCACAGCCCAGGAGACGUGGAUGGCAAUACUGACCAUCAUGAAGCAUGCCCUGCAUCACCCCUACUAGCAGCACUACUGGAGCCAGAGCAGGUGGGGGUCGCCCUCCUCCCCAAGGCCUGGGACUCCUGAAACCCAAGUUAUAUAUAUCCCCUCCCUGCACCCUCUCCCAGAUCCCUAGGAAAUAAAUGCAAGUUUAAACAGGC